AUGGGGCUGGAUAACUCCAAAGAACUCAUGCUCAGUAUCCUCAUGAAAACUCCUUAUACCAUGUGGCGGGAUCACUCCAAUCACAGUGAUGCCUGGGAAGAUAAAUUAAUGGCUGUCAUAGGAGGACUCAUCUCCCACAACUCCAUCCAGAUGGCCCACAUCCUGAAUACCUACAAGGUGCCACAGCUUCAUGUGUUUCUGAGAAACAUCCGAUUCAACAAUAGUGCUGGGGAAGAAAUAUUCUUUGAUGACAAUGGGGACCUGGCAUUCGGAUAUGAUCUCAUCAACCUGAUCACUUUCCCAAAUAGAUCUUUCCAGAGAAGACACAUUGGAAUUAUUUACCCCCAGGCCCCUGCUGGGAAAGAGUUCAUCAUUAACAGAAGUGCUAUUAUUUGGAAUCACAAAUUUCAUCAGAUGCUGCCGCAGUCCACCUGUGUGGAGAGUUGUCAUCCUGGCCAGAGCCGGUUGGUCCAGCAGGGGAAGGAAGUGUGUUGCUAUGAAUGCAUUAUUUGCCCCCCAGGAAGGAUUUCAAUCCAGAUGGAUGAGGACCAAUGUGAGCAAUGCCCUGAAGAUCAGCAUGCAAGCAAGAAUCAGAAGCAAUGUAUUCCCAAAGAAGUAAUCUACCUUUCUUACAAGGAGCCCCUCGGAGUGGUUCUGGUCUGCUUGGCUCUCUUCCUUUCUGUGAUCUCAGUGGUGGUGGGGUGGACCUUCCUUCAGCACCACAACACUCCCAUCGUCAAAGCCAACAACUGGAGCAUCACAUGCACCUUGCUCUGCUCUCUUCUGCUCUGCUUUCUUUGCUCCUUCUUGUUCAUUGGAAGGCCCAGUAGGGUGACCUGCCUUCUGAGACAAACUGUCUUUGGCAUCAUCUUCUCCAUCGCUGUAUCCUGUGUGUUAGCCAAGACCAUCACGGUCGUGCUGGCCUUCAUGGCCACUAAGCCUGGAAACAACAUAAGAAAAUGGGUGGGGAAAAGACUGUCAGUUUCAGUCAUUGUUUUCUCUUCUCUUAUUCAAGUGGGCAUCUGCACUGUGUGGCUGGCAACUUCUCCCCCCUUCCCAGAGUUGGACAUGCACUUCAAGGUUGACACCAUCAUUGUUCAAUGCAAUGAAGGUUCCCUGCUCAUGUUCUACAUGGUCCUGGGCUGCAUGGGCUUCCUGGCCACCAUUAGCUUCACUAUGGCUUUCCUUGCCAGGAAGUUGCCUGACACCUUCAAUGAAGCCAAGCUGAUCACCUUCAGCAUGCUGGUCUUCUGCAGUGUGUGGGUGUCCUUUGUGCCCACCUACCUGAGCACCAAAGGCAAGUACAUGGUGGCUAUGGAGAUCUUCUCCAUCUUGGCCUCUGGUGCUGGCUUACUGGGCUGCAUCUUCCUCCCCAAGAUGUACAUUAUUAUACUGAGGCCUGAGCUGAACACCAGAGAGCAAUUAGUGAGGAAAAAAUGCUUAGGAUAUGCACAAGGAGGAAGGAAAUAA